AUGUCGGUUCAGAAAAACAAAAAUGAGAAACCAUUGGAUGAAGCUUUCAAUGCCGUUGCAAUGGCAAGCAACUUGGAAGCGCUAGAAUUUGGAAGAACGUGUCAAUCUUGUGCCGCCGGAAUAGCCGCCGGAAUUCUUGGCCUCACCGGAUUCUCAGGAUUCAUUUUGUACUUUGCUACUGUCGUUUUGCAGGGACUAAUUUGGAGUGCAAAAGCUUCAGGCGGUUGGCAUCAUUAUUUCCUGGAAAACAGCCAAUUCACAUGGUCGCAUGGAAACGGAUUGCUCACUUUUGUUCUUUUAUGGGUAUUCUUCUACGGCAUGGUCCAUGUAUAUUGA